CACAGAGCAGCUAUCUCUCUCUCUCUGUCCCUCCCUCAGACACCCCCACAUCCACUCUCUCUUUCUGACUCUGUCCGUCUCAAGCACAGCAUCUUUUUUUCCUUUCCUCUCCUUGACACACGGCAAUCAUGUCCUCAAACGGCGCCGACGGGGACUUGCUGCAGAUCCCUCUGGGCCUUAUUAAUAGCGACGGGAAGUAUCUGACGGCGGAGACCUUCGGCUUCAAAAUCAACGCCUCGGCCAGCAGCCUGAAGAAGAAGCAGACCUGGACCCUGGAGCAGACCGGGGAGGACGGCAGCGCCGUGUUCCUCCUCUCCCACCUGGGCCGCUACCUCGCCACGGACAAAGACGGCAACGUUACCGCGGACAGCGAGACGCGCGGCAGGGACUGCCGCUUCGUUAUCACCGCACACGAGGACGGGCGGUGGUCGCUGCAGUCCGAACCUUACGGCCGGUUCCUCGGCGGCAGUGAGGACCGGAUCACCUGCUUUGCGCAAACGGCCUCACCGGCGGAGAGAUGGAGCGUCCACCUGGCUGUGCAUCCGCAGGUCAACCUGUACAGCUUUGCGCGCAAACGCUUCGCCCACCUGAGCACUCAGGGGGGGCGGCAGGAGGUGUCAAUAGACCGGGAUGUCCCAUGGGGGGUCGACUCGCUCGUGACACUGGUCUACCGGGAUCAACGCUACCAUCUCGAGACCUCCGACAAUCGCUUCCUGCGCAAUGAUGGGAGCCUGUCCACCAAAACGGACAAGGAUACCGGCUACAUGCUGGAGUUCCGCUCCGGAAAAGUGGCAUUCCGCGAUUGCAACGGGCGCUACCUGGCACCCGUAGGCCCCACCGGCACAAUGAAGUCUGGGAAAAGCACCCGGGUUGGGAAGGAUGAACUGUUUGGCCUGGAGCGCAGCCACGCGCAGGUCGUGCUGACUGCAGGCAACGAGAGAAACGUCUCCACGAGGCAAGGCAUGGACCUGUCAGCCAAUCAGGACGAGGAAGGGGACCAGGAAGUCUUCCAGUUGGAGAUGAGCCGCGAGGACAGGAAGUGUGCCUUCAGAACCGCUGCUGGAAAAUACUGGACCCUGACAGCAAGCGGAGGACUGCAGUGCACUGCCUCCUCCAAAUCAGCCAACAGCUACUUUGAACUGGAGUGGCGUGACGGUCGAGUUUGUGUGCGUGCAGCUAACGGCAAGUAUGUGACCGCCAAGAAGAACGGGCAGCUGGCUGCUACUGUUGACAGCGCAGGUGAGGCGGAACAGUUCCUGAUGAAGCUGAUCAACCGUCCAAUCAUCGUCCUCCGCGGGGAGCAUGGUUUCAUCGGGGCUCGUAAAGCAGGGAUGGCAACCCUGGACUCUAACCGAGCAUCCUACGAUGUUUUCCAGCUGGAGUUCCACAACGGAGCCUACUCCCUUAAAGACUCCCAGGGGAAGUAUUGGUGUGUUGGAGACGACACAGCGGUGGGGUGCAGCAGCUCCACGCCUGUCCAGUUCCUGUUUGAGUUCUGUGACCUCAACAAGAUGGCCAUUCGUGCUCUGGGGGGGAAGUACCUGAAAGGCGACCACGCCGGGGGGCUGAAGGCCAGCGUCGACUCCCUGGACAGCGCCACCCUCUGGGAGUACUGAGAAAGCACAGCCGGACUUCACCACCUUCUUACACAAUGCUUCAGAAUAUUGAUAGAUACUGUAGGUAGCUGUUUGGGUUUUUUUUAUUUGCAUGUGUGUGUGCCUGUGUGUGUAACUGUGAAUGUGUCUGGAUGGAUGUGUGGUUGAAACUGAAGCUGAUAAACUGGAAGUUGUGGCACCAAAGCACUACAGGUGUUUCUUUUUUUUUCCUUUUCUUAAUCAUUAUCUCUUCUUACUGGGCUUUUUACUGGAGAUUUGAAUUUAAAAUGACUUGCUGUUCUGUUUAUUGAAUGAAUCAUCGUGUGGUGGCACAUUAACCGUUUCAAUUCCAGUCAAAUUUUCACAAGCUAUAUCUGAUAAAUGUCAGGACGAUUACAGUUAUUAGUCGUGCCUAUCUGUGGUAACUACUGGUGUAACGAACAUGUAGAACGCUAUAACUCAUAACUCACAGUAUCUAACCUUUUCCUGCUGAAUGUCCUGCUGGCUCUAUUGCGCUGCUUUCAUCUCCUGUCUCUGAAGCAUAACGCACAUCAGAGAAAGGGGUGUAACGGAUUCACAUGUUUCUGCUGUAUAUAGUGCUUUCUUUAUCUCUGAAUACUUCAAAAACAUAGUAACCAUGGAAACUUUAAGUGCAAGAGUGUGUUGAGGCUGUAGAAAGAGAAUUGGGAAGUGGCUGGUGGAUCUAACAUGUUUCUCGCCUGUGUACAUAGACAGCUUCAUCUUCAGAAACUAGUCACUGGUCAAACGUUUUUUCCUUCAAGACUAGAUCCACUUAGUUGUUUCUGGCUGGUUCCUCAGAUGAGUCUAAGGUUUUCAAUUAUAUAUCAGGAGGAAAUAAAUGAAAGGAGAGGACAAGUUAAAAGAGCUUUGAAACAUAGUCAUCGACAGAAGGAACAGAAGAAUGUCCGUUUCUGUUAAAAAAGAAAGAAAUGAAAGAGGUGGUGGAUCAGGCCUACUUACUGCACACCACACAGUCAAAUGCACAUAAAUAAAUACGAAUAUGCAGUCAUAGAUACAGUCAUUCCAACUGUGAAAAGUCACAAUCUGCACAAUAUUGUAGUGUACAUUAUAAAAUAAGUGAAAAGUACACAUCUGUUAUGAUGAAUUGUCUGCCUUAGAUUGGGUGCUGCUGCUGCUGGUGUGUAAACACAAUGAUAGAGUCAGCCAUCUCUCUGGCUAUUAUUGUGGCUGUGCCUUCCAUAGAGCAUUUCAGUCUUUUCUUUUUUGUGUUCUUACAUUUGAACUGAACUGAGUAAAAACCCCAAUAAAGUGUUCCCUCU